UUUCCAUGUCCAACAUGGCUUCCACGGCUGCAACAAAGAAGAAGCAGAAGAAGAAGGGUCAAACUUUGUCCCUUAAUGCAUUUUUGGCGGAUGAGCAGGGGUCAGCUGGACCCGGUACCAGCUAUGUUCUCGCUAACAAGUCCCUUGACUGGGCCACUGAAAUGGAGAGCCAGGAGAUGGAUGAUAAUGACUUUGAUUAUGGAAUGGGCAUGGGCCCCAAGGUGGCGGUCAAUCGCAGCUUAUUACCCACGGCACCACGAGCUGCUAGGGGGCCUGAUUUUGAUCCCUCCAAAGUGCCCUCAGCACCACCAUACACAGCUUUUCUAGGAAAUUUACCAUACGAUAUUUCUGAGGAUGACAUUAUUGGCUUUUUCCGAAAUUUAAAGGUGAACAAUGUAAGAUUGCCUGACGAUGGGAGUAGGUCCAGAGGUUUUGGAUAUGCAGAGUUUGAGGACAGACAAGGAUUGAUCGAUGCAUUAGGCAUGAAUGAUGAGAUGUUACAAGGCAGAAAAAUCCGUGUGGAUCUUGCUGGUCAGCAGUCAGGAGAUCGUGACAGAAACGGGCGUGGCGGGAGAGAUGAUGGCCGGCCAGACAGGACGGAGAGUGACUGGAGGCGGAGAGAUGACCCUCCAGAGUACAAACAGGAUGAGCGCUACAGUGAUCGGUACGAAGGGGCUCGUGAUGGUGGCAGAUAUGGUGGCUCAGGAUACAAUGAUCGCUAUAGUGGCUCAAACGAUCGCUAUAGCGACAGAAAACGAGAUGACAGGGGUUAUGGUGGUGGUGGUUUCGGGGGAGAUCGGGAUCGUGGUUACGGAGAUCGAGACAGAGGAUAUGGAGGAGAUAGAUUCAGUGAUAGAGGUUACGGUGGGGACCGAGGGUAUAACAGCGAUCGAGGAUACGGUGGCAGUAGAGGAUAUGGUGGCGACCGAGGCUAUGAUCGGGGAUAUGGUGGUGACCGGGGAUAUGGUGGUGACCGGGGAUAUGGUGGCGACCGGGGAUAUGGUGGAGAUCGAGGCUACCACGGCUCAGAUGAUAGAGGUUAUGGGAGGCGAGGUAACUUUGGAUCUGGUUAUCGACAAGAUGACGGGGAGGGGAGGUAUGGCAGGGGCCGCUACAGCGACGACCGGCGGGACAACAGAUCUAUGGAUAGACCCAGUAGUCGAGAAUCCAGCAAAGAACCACCCAAAGAGAGACCAAAGUUGCAAUUAGCACCACGCACGAAGCCUGUGGAACCAGCAAAUCCACAGGCAACGUCGUCUAUAUUUGGAGGGGCAAAACCCGUGGACACAGCAUCCCGUGAGCGGGAGAUUGAAGAACGUCUGCAGCGCGAGAGGCAGGAUGAGUUACGCCGCAAAGUAGAGGAGGAGAAGGAAAAUCGUGAAGGGGAUUACAGGAAAGACUGGUCACAGAGUUCGUCUCGAACGCGGCGUGACAGCGGGCGUUCGUCAGAUGGAGGCACGGGCAGGGAACGUCGACUCAGCAGCAGUGGGUCAGGAAAAGGUAUUCGUCCAGUUCCUCCGCCAUUGACCUCCACGUCUAAUCGAACACGACGAGACAGUGAGAUUUCUAACAACUCAGAAGUGUUUGACGAGGAGAAGACUUCACACAAAGCUCCGGAUACUGUCUCCCCGGACACAAGAACAUCUCCACACCGGGACGACACAAAAGUUGUCCCUGCGCCACCACCUAAAGAAAAUAUCUGGGAGAAGAGGAAGGUGGAGAAGUCACCGACAAGUCAACAGUCUGAGGCCCCCGCCAAUCAUCCCCCUCCCAAACAGGCUGAAGUCAGGCGUACUCCGGUGAGAAAAGCUGAGGUGUCAAUAGCUUCCCCUCCAACAGAAAACCCCUGGAGAAAGAGGCAUUCGGAUCACGAUGAUGAUGGAGAGCGGCGCUCAGGUCCUUGGGGGAAGCCAGCAGGGCGCGGUGAAGGAUCGGAGAGAGGGGGACGCGGUAGUUUCUCCUCUCGUGGACGAGGGUCGGCCCAUAAACCCCAGAGAGAGAAACAUGUUCCAAAAUCUAUAGAAGAGAUGCCAAAAUAUGAAGAAAAUGUGAAAAAGGAUUGGAGUGACAAAAAUAAGUUCUCUUUUCUUGGGGAGGAUGAAGUUGGUCAGGAAGAGGACGAUUAAGCAUUACAUUUUGUGGUGUUAUUUCGCGCUCUGUCUGUCCCACUACUAGAGGGGCAGAUAACCCCAGCUGUGCGCCAUAAGAAAAAAACCAGCAGAGGUGGUUUAUCAUCUUUGUAAAGUAUUGUUAAAAAUUCAAGAGCUGUAUUUGAUGGGGUUUUAUGAUCCCUUUAGUUUAAGGCCAUGCACUGGACAGGUAUUCAACAUCUGGGAUAUUCUGGUUAAAAUGGAGGAUGUCCCUGUCUGUAACUAAGGAUUUAUUAUAAGCUAUUUGUGACUGUUCAUUUGUUCCCUCUGUGUGCCGAUUUGGCGAUGUUAGGCGUGGCAGGUACAAAAUCAAGGUAGUCAGUUCCUGUAAUAAGAAUGCGUAUAAUCGAGUGCUUGACUGUGUUAUCAAGGCAAGGGAGGUAACUCUGUGUGUCAUUCUUCUAGGCUUUCUCUGUCUGUAGUACUUGAAGGGAACUACGUGUACAUGUGCAGAGUGGAUGUUGCAGAGGCCUAGUCACAAUCAUCACAAACCUUUGCACAGUUGUAAAUUAUGUUAACUUAGGAAGAUGAUACCACAGAUAGGAUGGGUGGGGUCCAUUGUAGUUACGGCUUGGCAGACUGGUUUAAAGCAGAAUUGUUUGGUAUUGUUUUGUGCCAGUGUAUGAAUACCUUUGUAAUUUUUUUUUGCCUCCAUGAAGGGUUCACAUCAGGUAACGUCUACUCCUGUCCAUCCUUAGCCCUGUCUAUUUGGACACUGUUCAAAAACAUGUAAUUAAUUGCCUUCAUCAACCGACACCAAAAAUGUGGAUACCUGGUCAUAGACUCAUUAUUGAACAGAAAUUCUGAACCAUAUUAUAUUAAAGCAUUUAUUGAAGUGAACAUAUUUUCCAUGUUGGAACAGAUAGCAGUUGUGUCCCUUUGAGGACCUUUCCAAGUUGACACGUUCACUGUAUGGAUAGUUUUUUUUGUUGGAAAUGCGUAAUUAUGAGGAGAUUUAUUGCUGUACAGGUGAACUCAACUUAUAAUGGAUCAUGUUUGUCCUAGUGAAUGCUAAUAUCUAGAUCAUAAUAGACACCUGUUCCAGUAGAUGUCUACUAACUGGACAUUUGUCCAGAUUAGUACAUAUUGAGAGUACCUGGAGACGUAUUGUUCUUGGUACAGAUGUAUAUUUGGCAGUACUGACUGACAACUGUGUGUAGAAGUAGUCUCACUCUGUGUUCAUAACUCUCUCUCUCUCACUCUCUCUCUCUGUCUUCACCUGUGCUGUCUAUUUUUGGAUACCUGAUCUCUGUAAAUAACUUUGUUGCUCCUCACCUGUAAGGUCAUGUGUGUGGGAGUGAGGUCGUUUGGGCAGGUGUGCCACUCAACUCACCUGACACAUGCAUAAAGACCAGGUGUGUGAGAAAGGCGAUGCCCACACCUGUCAUUUUCUUGGGCAGUGGUAAUACUGUAAACCUGUCUACCUUUAAUAAGUUGAUGGCAAUUUUUGGGGUAAUAGCUUAAUCUUGUUGAUUAUUGCUUUUUGUAAUAAUAACUUAAAUCAUCAAUGUCAUUAAAUCCAUGUUAGGACAAAUUCUCUGUAUAUAAUAACUAUUUUACAUAAAAUUC